GCUCACUGCUCUGAAUACCGCAAACUCUGUUUCCUUUUCUGAUCACUGCCAACUCUGUUCUUGGUUUUCUGGUUCUUUUGCAAGAAGCGCUCUCAGAACUCACAGAUCUGAAUUUCAGUCUCAUUCUUUGCUCUCUGCUCUCAGCCUCUCACCAACCGAACUUUUCUUUCACUGCCAUGUCUUCGGAGACCACCACUACGAGGAAGAGAAAGUCACGGAGUAGAAUGUCCGUGGAUGAGACUCUUGCCAAGUGGAAAGAGAAUCAGAUUCAGCUUGAGUCUAAACCAAUUCUGAAAAUUCAAGGGAUUGGGUCUAAGAAAGGAUGCAUGAAAGGCAAGGGAGGGCCUGAGAAUUCAAAAUGUAGAUACAGAGGAGUGAGACAGAGGACGUGGGGUAAAUGGGUUGCAGAAAUUCGGCGUCCAAAUGGGGGAAACAGGCUCUGGCUUGGUACUUUCGCAACUGCUUAUGAAGCUGCUCUUGCUUAUGAUGAAGCCGCAAAGACUAUGUUCGGUUCUCGUGCUCGCCUCAAUUUUCCAGGAGGGUUCGAUUCAACGACUGCAUCAAACAACUCUGCGGUCUUUGCUGUUGACGAGAGCACACCUGUUUCCCCCAACUUGGGGAAUGAGGAUGUAGAAAGCGUUGCAUUUGCUGACAAUGAUGCUGCAUCUGUUGAGGACAAGAAUGAGGCUGGGAAAGGUACUAACACGGCCAGCUGUACGAUACAAGAAGAUCUGACAUGCCAUUUCAUGGAUGAGGAUGGAAUAUUUGAUUUGGGUGACAUUCCCGAUCUUUCCGGCGAUGAUUUCUUUAGCAACAUCGAAUCGCUAUUUAACUUCGAUUUUGAUGCUGGUCAUUUGGGAUUUCUUGGUGAUGACCAAUGCGGAAUGCCGUCAGAUCUUACAGACAGCUGCAAACUCCAUAUGACAAGUUGCUAGGGGUCUCAAUCAUAUGGGUAGGCACCUUCCAGAUUUAAUUAAUGGAGUAGUAUAAGAAGGAUGAUAGGUCUGAAUCAUGUCA